ACCAUUCACCAAUCGAACCGCUAUAAAUGUGUAUGUGUAUACGCCAUAUUAAUUCGGCCCCGUGAUACCGAGAAGUAGUUCCCCUGCUGUUAUUAAAUUCAAAUAUUAAAAAUAUAAUUUAAUUUUGAUAAUUAUUUUGUUGAUAAUUUGGCGGUAUUUAAAUUUUAUUGUUUAAAGUUUGAUAAAUUUUUAUUAUUGAUGUAUUUAUUUGUUGGAAUUUAAUUAGGCUUUGGUAAAGUUGGAGAGGUACUAUUUUAUGGUAUUUCGCGGUUAUGGGUUGUGGUCGCGAUGAGCAUUGUGUCGCGUUCCUUGCUAACCAGUUUUAUGUGUGAUUCAUUUUGUAGCAUAAAGUUGAGUGUCGGUUGAUUUUGGAAUGCGAGUUGUUUAUGCAUUUUUUUUUUUUUUUUUGUGUCAAUCUCUGUCUUAUUUUGUGAUUUUUAAUUGAAACAAUACAAGUGUUUUAAAGUUAAUAUAUUAACAGUUUAAUAAUUAAUUAUUAAAAUUAAAAAUUAUCUUGCCAUAUUGGAUAUAUUAAAAUUAAAUUCAAGAUAAUUAAUAAGAAGUUUUAAAAAUGCCGGAGGAACAAAAAUCAACUGGUGGUGUUGGUGAUAUUAUGACAGAAAAUGGUAAAAAUUCACCAAGUAAAAGUCCAGUUACCAGAGGAAAAAUGGCACUUUGUAAAAUAACUCUACUUGAUGGUACUGUCAAAGACUUUUACAUUGAUAGAAAAGUCAAAGGCCAUGAGUUACUUGAACAAAUAUGUCAAAGUAUGAAUUUAAUGGAAAAAGAUUAUUUUGGUCUUAUUUAUGAAGAUAAAACAGAUCCAAGAAAUUGGCUUGAUUUAGACAGAAGAAUUGGAAAAUUUAUAAAAACAGAACCAUGGAGAUUUAAUUUUGAAGUAAAAUUUUAUCCACCAGAUCCAUCACAAUUACAAGAAGACAUAACACGUUAUCAAUUAUGUUUACAAAUACGUAAUGAUAUUAUUACUGGAAGAUUACCAUGUUCUUUUGUUACACAUGCACUUUUAGGUUCUUAUUUAGUACAAUCUGAAGUUGGUGAUUAUGAUAAUGAUGAACAUGGUAAAACUUAUUUAAAAGAUUUUAAAUUUGCUCCAAAUCAAACACCAGAAUUAAUUGAAAAAGUUAUGGCCCUACACAAAACACACAAAGGACAAACUCCAGCAGAAGCUGAACUUCAUUACCUUGAAAAUGCUAAAAAAUUAGCAAUGUAUGGAGUUGAUUUACAUCCAGCAAAAGAUUCUGAAGGUGUUGAUAUAAUGCUUGGUGUUUGUUCAUCUGGUUUACUUGUUCAUCGAGAUAGACUGAGAAUAAAUCGUUUUGCUUGGCCUAAAAUAUUAAAAAUAUCAUACAAAAGACAUAAUUUUUAUAUCAAAAUAAGACCAGGUGAAUUUGAACAGUAUGAAUCAACAAUUGGAUUUAAACUUGCUAAUCACAGAGCUGCUAAAAAAUUAUGGAAAGUCUGUGUUGAACAUCAUACCUUUUUCAGACUCAUGAGUCCUGAGCCAGUUAAAGGAGUAGGUAUUUUACCACGUUUAGGAUCACGAUUCCGUUAUUCUGGACGUACACAUUAUGAAACUAAAAAAACACCAAUCGAACGACAACCACCACAAUUUGAAAGAUCACUCAGUGGACGUCGUCUUACAUCUCAAAGCAUGACUGCUCUUGGUGGAUUGAGGCCAGUUGAAUCCUAUGAUACGGAACCAAGUAAACGUCACACAAUGAGCUAUGAUCCAGAUAUUAUUCCCAACAUGGAUAACAUUGACGAACGAACUAGUCCAACAAAAAAACAAAAAGACAAGCCACCACGAAAAACGAGUAUUGGAACAACGUCAGUUAGCAGUGCAAGUAGUCUGGAAGGUGAAUAUGAUGCUGAACGUGCCGAAAAGAAACCUGUUGGUGGUAUUGCUGUACUUCCCCUUGGUGGUCUAACAAAAAAGAAAAAGGAUAAAAAAAAUGUAAAUGAAAAAGAAAAUCAUGAUUUGUCAAAUAAUUCUGAUUUAAUAAAUGACAGUUUAACUGUUGAUGAUAAAACAAUUAAUAAAAAAAAUGAUAAGGAUAAAAAAAUUGACAAGGAAAGUCCAGAAAAACGUGACAAGGAUAAAAAAGACAAAAUCAAGAUCCCAGUUGCUGGUUUUCUAUUUGGCAAACGUGAAAAAGAUCAAAACAAGGAAAAAGAUAAUAAAAAAAAGAAGGAUUUAAAUGAAUCAAUUGAUAGAAGUGAUGCUGAUUCAAAUUUAUCAAUAUCAUCACGUCAACCACAACCAGUUGAGCCAAUGACAUCAUCACCAGAAUCACCAACAAUGCAUAAUUUUACAAAACCAUAUAAUUAUGAAGAACAUCAAACAACACCAACAAAAAGAUCAUAUACACCACAAGGUUUUUCAUAUGAAGAUAGACCAGUAUCACCAAGUAUACAAGAUCAAUCAUCACCAACAUCAGCAAGUAAAAAAACAACUGGACUUGCAUUUAAUUAUGCACCAGGACAAGAUCAAAAACUUGUUGAAUCAGCACAAAAACGUCAUAAAAAAGAUUUAAUACCAAUUGAACAAACAAAUCUUGGAUUAAAAACACCUGGUUUAAAUUAUGUUGAAUCAGCUGGUCUUAAAGAACAACAAAAAUCUGUAUUAUCACCAUCAAUGGCACUUAUUGCUGGUGAACAAAAAGGUGAUAUAAUUUCCAGCAGACCAGGAAUUAUUUUACCUGGUACAAUUUCAAAACAAUCUGAUCAUUAUAUAUUACCAUUACCUGAAGAUUCAGUAAUUAUUGGAGGUAUUAUUUAUUCAAAAACAAAACCACACGAUCAAAAUUCACUUGGUCCUGAAAAUAAUAAAAUAAUUGAUGGUAAAAUUCAUGGUAAAGAUGGUAAACCAUUAAAAAAAGCUGAUUUUGGUCCAAGUGGAAUACAUAUUUCAAAUGGAUUAAUAACUGGAAAAGAUGGCAAGCUAUAUUAUCAAGAAUUUAUUGGUACUGAUGGUAGUAAAAUUAAAAAUGGAUUGAUAUAUGAUAAUGAUGGUAAAUUAAUAAACAAUAAAUCAUUGGGACCAGAAUAUUCAUCAAUAAAAGAUGGUAAAAUUGUUGGUAAAAAUGGUAAGCCAUUAAAUAUAUUACAGCUUGGAUCUGAUGGUACUUGUAUAAAAGAUGGUUUAUUAUUUUCACAUGAUGGUAAGCCAUUGACUCAAGGGUAUUAUGGUACUGAUGGUAAUUAUAUUAUUGGUGGUGUUGUUUGUGCACAAAAUGGUAAAACAAUAAAUCAAAUUGCACUACUUCCAGAUAGUACAUAUAUUUCUGAUGGUUUAAUAUAUGGUCGUGAUGGUAAACUAUUAUCAAGUGGUGAUUUAGGUCAAGAUGGAAAUUAUAUAACUGAAGGUAAAGUUUAUACAAAAGAUGGUAGAGUUGUUAAAAAUGAAUUAUUUAGUUCAGAUGGUUCUGUCAUUAAAGAUGGAUUGAUAUUUAAUAAAAAUAAUAUUGUUUUAAAUCAAGCAUCACUUUUACCAUGUGGUGCACAUUUAAAAGAUGGUAAAGUUGUUGGUAAAGAUGGAAAAAUAAUAAAACAAUCAUUUUAUAAAAGUGAUGGAAGUUUUGUUAAAGAUGGUAUUAUUUAUGCUAAAGAUGGAACACCAUUAAAUCAAAUACCACUUAUUUAUGAUGGCAGUUUUAUCAAAGAAGGAAUUAUUUAUGAUAAUACUGGACGUUAUUUAAAUCAAAAUCUUUUUAAACCUGAUAAUAUUGUCAUUAGAGAUGGUAUUGUAUGUGGUGAUGAUGGAAAACCCUUGGCCAAUGGAUUUUUAGGCAGUGAAAAUUUGAUUAUAAAUAAUGGCUUGAUUGUUGGAAAAGAUGGUAAACAAAUAAAACAAGAAUUAUUUGGUUCAAAUGGAUGUCAAAUAAAAAAAGGUAUUAUAUUUUCAAAAAAUGGUAAACAUCUUAAUCAAGAUUCAUUGAUACCUGAAGGUGCAUUUAUUAAAGAUGGAAAAAUUUAUAAUCGUGAUGGUAAAUUAAUGAAAUCUGCAUUCUUUAAAAUUGAUGGAAGUUUUAUAAAAGAUGGACAAAUUUAUGGUAAAGAUGGAAAAUUAUUAAAUAUAAAUUCAUCAAUUCCAGAUGAUUCAUUUAUUAUAAAUGGUAUUAUAUUUGAUGAGUCUGGUAAACCAUUGGAAAAAGAUAAUUUUUCAUCAGAUGGUUCAUACGUAUCUGGUGGUUUAAUAUUUUCUAAAAAUGGUAAUUUAAUUAAAUCUGGUAUUUAUGGUCCAGAUGGUAAUAAAAUAAAAGAUGGUUUAAUAAUAUCAAGAGAUGGUAAACCAUUAACACAAGAUGACAAAGGACCAGAUAAUAUAUCUGUACUUGAAGGUAAAAUUGUCAAUGAAAAGGGGUCUCCAAUGAAUCUUGGUUCAUUAUUACCAAAUGGAUGUUACAUACAAAAUGGUAUUAUUUAUGAUAAAAAUGAACGACCACUUAAACAAGGUGCAUUUCGUCCAGAUGGUACAUAUAUACGUGAUGGAUUAAUUUAUAAUUGGGGAGGAUCUUUGUUAAAUGUUGGAAGUGAAAUGCCACAAGAUUUUUAUAUUGAAGAAGGUCGUUUAUUUGGUAAAGAUAAAAAACCACUUAAUCAUAGUUCAUUUGGUUUUGAUGGUGGUUUUAUACAAAAUGGAUUUAUAUAUGACAAAGAUAUGAAGCCAUUAUCACGUGGUACAUUUGGUAAAGAUGGUAAUUACAUAAAAGACGGUUCAAUAUUUGGAAUUAAUAAUAAACCAUUAAAUAAAAAAUCAACAACAACAAUAAAACUUACAAUGGUUAGAUAUGGAUUGGUUUGUGAUGAUGAUGGUAAGCCAUUGACAUCUGGAGCAUUUGGUGAUGCUGGUUGUACUGUUAAAAAAGGAAAAAUAUAUGAUAAAAAUGGUAAACUAUUGAAUCAAGAUAAAUUUGAAAAAAUUGGGCAAUCAAUAAAAGAUGGUUUAAUUGUUGAUAAAAAUAAUCGACCAAUUAAUCAAGGACCAUUAAAACCAGAAACAAGUUAUGUUAAAAAUGGAAGAGUAUAUAAUUCUGAUGGACAACCAUUGUCACAAGAAUCAUUUGGUACUGAAGGCUUGAGAAUUAAAGAAGGUGUUAUUGUUGAUAAAACUGGUAGACCAAUUAGACAAUCACCAUUUGAUAAUGAAGGUAAUUACGUUAAAGACGGACUUGUUUAUAAUACAAAUGGUAAACCACUAGAUAAAAAUUAUUUAACAAUAACAAUAACUGUUGUUAAACGUGGUCUUGUUUGUGAUAGUAAUGGUAAACCAAUUGAUGAUCAAGUACCAUUUGAUAAUGAUGGAAAUUAUAUUAAUAAUGGUAAAAUAUUUGAUAGUAAUGGUAAACCAUUGAAUAAAAAUAACUUUAAUGAUAAUGGUUGUAUUAUUAAAGACGGUAUUAUUUAUACAAAAGAUGGUAAAUUAUAUGAACUUGAUGAUGUACCAGUUGAUGGAAUUAAUAAUUCAAAAAUUACAACGUCAAUUAAUAAAGGAAAAAGACCACCAUUACCAGUUAGUGCACCAACUAUUGUUAAAACAACAACAAAACAAUCAGUUGUCAAAGAUCAAGAAGGACUUGUACAAAAUAUUGAAGAAAAAAUUGAAGAUUUAACACCUGGUGGAACUGGUCAAGUAACUGUUAACACACAAGUCAAUAAGGCAGAAGCUCAGGAUGAUGGUAGAGCUCCGUAUAUGACGGCAACAGCUGUGACAACACGAACAGCAACAAUGCAUGAAGAUCUUGAAAAAAAUCAAAAAACAAGUCAGGUUGAAGAAAAAACAGUAGCUCAUACAACUGCAACAAGUGCAACAAGACAAGAGCAACGAGUUGUUACUCAAGAAGUUAAAACAACUGUUCUAACUGGUGAACAGCGGUUUCAGCGACGUCUAAGUACAUCAAGUUCAAGUAGCGGUGAUUCAGGAACACCAAUUGACAUCGAUGAUGAUCAACAAGCUUUCUACAAUCAGUAUUAUCAGGGAGAACCAACAACUGACAUUGUGGCAACUGAAAAUCGUGGAUUUUCAAGUGACAAUAAUGUCACACCAAUUGGUGGAGAAAUUGGUGGAGGAGGUGUGCCAUUUGUUGCAAAUGAAACACAUAAAAUUAAUUAUGAAAAUGAAGAUGGAAGUUACAGUGCAAGUGGAGAAAUUGUAAGCACAUCAACAAUAUCUAGUAAAACAAGAACAGUAGAAACCAUAACGUACAAAACUGAGCGUGAUGGAGUUGUUGAAACUCGAGUGGAACAAAAAAUAACAAUACAAUCAGAUGGUGAUCCAGUUGAUCAUGAUCGAGCACUAGCUGAAGCAAUACAAGAAGCAACAGAAAUGAAUCCCGAUAUGACUGUAGAAAAAAUUGAAAUUCAACAACAAACAUCGCAAUAACAAUAUUCAUAAAUAAAAAAAAAAAAUAAUAAAAAUAAACAAACAUCAUCGUAUAAGCAAAAACAAAUUUAUAUUAUUAUUAUUUAAAAAAUAAUAAAAUGAAAAAGAAAUCCUGUCGUUAAACUCAUAUUGCUAGUAUUAUAAAGUUUAUAUUUUUUAAUUAAAAAAAAAAAAGAAAAUAAAAAUAAGCAUUUUAUUGCGCUAAAUUGGUACUUGAAAAAUAAAUUUAAAAAUGAUAUUUAAUUAACAGGGUGACUUAAUGACGAUAAAUAUACAUAUAAAUUGAUCGAAAAAAAAGUAAAAAGGUUUGAUUAAAAAUACGCUGUAUAAAUUACUCAUCGACCUCAUGUUAAUGCUAAUCAAUGUGAUGUCAAAAAAUAAUUCGAAAGUAGCAUAAUUAUUAUAUAUUCAUCGACAGGAUUUUUAAAAACAAAAACGUAAUAUUAGUUAUGAAAAAAAAAAAAACAAAUUAAUAAAACGAAAAAAAAUUUCCUUAUUGCUGUGAAGAAAUUUUGAGGCAGCAUGUGCAAAUAAUUGCAUAGAAAAAAAGAAAUGAAUUUAAUUCAAAUUUAAUAAUACGUUGUGAUUUAUUUCACGCUUGAUAUAAAUUUUCUUUUUUUUUUUUUUUACACAAAAAGUAAUGGUAAAUAAAUAAAUAUAUAAAAAUUAUAAAUAAUUUAUUUUCUUAUAUUUUGAUAGCUGUUUGUUAAUGCGUAUUUUAAAUAUAUAAUUAUUUAAUGAAUAAUUAUAUAUUAAAUUUGAGAUAAUAUAUCAGUUAUCAAAUUAUAAGAAAAAAUUAAAAUUAUAUAAAUAUAAAUAAAAAUAUAUUAAUAUAUGCAUGUGUAACUAUCUAAAUAUAAUGAUAAUAUCAGAAUCAUCAAGUUUAUUUGUUAUUGAUUUGUGUAAUCAUAAAAUGAUGUACAAAAAUCAAUUAAAGAAAAAAGUAAAUUGUAUUAAAUCUGGCAACUAUAAUACGACUCGUUUGAGUUUAAUAUAUUUAAUAAUGGCCUUUUAUUUAUAAAUUCAACAGUUAAACAGUAUAUGGUUAUUUUUUAUUUUACAAAUUAAUUUUAUAACCGAGGGCAAAUCCAUUGGUCUAGCGUAUAUGUCUAAAUAAAUUUAUAUUUAAUUUUUAGUCAUAAAAAAAUACUGUACGAGGGUCACUUUUAUUUUAUUUUAUAUUUUUUUUAAAAAAACAAUAAUAUUACAAAAGUAUUUGUUUAAUAAAUAGAAGAGCAAAAAAAAAAAAAAACUAUUUUCUUUUUUAAUUUAAAUACCAUUUUUUUUUGAUGAUGUUUUUUAUGGAAUGAAAGUUUUUUAAUAAAUUAUACUGAUCAUUUAAAAUAAUAUACAAUAAUUUUUAUAAAAUUUAAACAUUCAUAAGCUCUUAAUAAUGAAUAAAGUUUUUUUAUUUUUCUACAUUUAUCUAUACUUGUAAAAAAAAAGAAAAAUCUUAAUUAUCAAAGUAUUUAUAUUUCAUUUAAAAUAAAAAAAAAAACACAAAUGUGUUUUAAAACGUCUAAAAAUGGCCUUUAGCUUGUAAAAUUUUUUUAAAAUUUCAUUAUCAAUAUUUGAAUGAAUAAUAAAAUUAAAUUGCAUAUAUAAUAAUAAUAAAAUAGCUUUUUUUUUUUUGUUUUUUAAAUGUCAAUUAUUGUAAGCCAUGUGUAUAUGUCAGAAUUUUCAUUCCAAAUAAUAAAAUAGCAGCUGAAAAAAUAAUAAAAUAUCACAAACAUUCCACACGUAAUAUCAUUAACUAACUCUAGAUCUAAUAAAGAAAAAAAAAAUAUAAAUUAACAUAGAAACUU